AUGAUAGAGCAGGGAGAGAACGAGAGCCUUCGGUCGUUUAUCACUCGUUUUAACAGAGAAGCUCUCAGUGUGGAUGAAGCAGAUGAUAAGCUUCUACUGGCAGCCUUCCACAACGGGGUGAAUUCGGAUCUGUUUAUACACAAGCUCUAUGAAAAAGAGCCCCAGUCCAUGGCCGAACUCGUCCAUUCGGCUCAGAAUUUUAUGAACGCAGAAGAUGCAAUCAUUGCUAAGAAGAGGAAGAGGUCCGAGAGAAUGGAUGCAAAUCCCAGUCGUCAUCACGAGCAAGGUACUCGUCCAAAGAAGGGACGGACGGAAAAAAGGAGAAACCGAGAAAGUAAGAAGCCAGGCCCUUCAGUACGGAACCAGCAGUAUACCCCUUUAAACGCCCCGCUUGAGCAAGUCCUUAUGCAAAUCAAGGAUGAUCCUUCCCUGAAAUGGCCGGAGAAAAUGAAGGGUGAUCCCAACAAGCGCAACAGGAACAAGUAUUGUCGCUUCCAUAGGGAUCAUGGUCAUGACACGGACGAGUGUUUUGACUUGAAGCAACAAAUUGAAAAUCUCAUAAGGCAAGGGAAGUUGAGGGGUUUCCUUGGACGAGACUAG